ACAAUUCCAGUUGUUAUUCGGUUCGGUCGGCGAGAUUGAUUCGCAUAUUCAAUUUAGUUGUCUUUUUUCUUGCCAUCAUAUGUUGGGGAUCCAGAUCUCUUUCUAGUUCUAUUGUUUAUUGAGAAGGGCGAAUCGCAAGAUUUUGAUUGUCAAGUGUGAACAGAAUUGCCAGAUUUCCUUUCUAUUUUUUUUGGGAUUCAAAUGAGGAGAGACGAAGAGAAAUGGAGGAGGUUAGGUCUGAGAAUAAUUUACAAGUGAGGUGCGAUAAGAUUCCUAGUCAACUGAUUCCCAGGACUCGUCUUCAAGUUUGGUUCCUUAGAGUUUGUUCCAGCAUUUUGCUUUGGGCUUGUUUGGUUCAGCUCCUCGCCGUCAGUGAGCUAUGGCACCCACGUUUACUUUCCGGUUUAACCAAUCGGAGGCCUUGGACCACUCGCCCCCCAUUUCGUCUUCAACACUCGUUCCAUUCCCCGCCGCCUCUUCCUCCUCCCAGAAACUAUAAAAGCAAUGGUUUUCUCGAAGUUUCAUGCAAUGGUGGCUUGAAUCAAAUGCGUGCUGCAAUCUGUGACAUGGUAGCUGUUGCUCGACUUUUAAAUCUCACUUUGGUUGUUCCAGAACUUGACAAGAAAUCUUUCUGGGCAGACCCUAGUGAUUUUGAGGACAUUUUUGAUGUGAGACAUUUCAUUGAUUCUCUAAGGGAUGAAGUUAGAAUUAUCAGAAGGCUGCCAAAGAAGUUUAGUAGGAAAUAUGGGUUUCAACCGUUUCGGAUGUCUCCUGUUAGCUGGUCAAAUGAAAAAUACUACUUGGAACAGAUUCUUCCCUUGUUCAGCAAGUAUAAGGUAGUGCACUUCAAUAGAACAGAUGCACGACUGGCAAAUAAUGGGAUUCUACCUGAUCUUCAGAAAGUCAGGUGCCGUGUGAAUUUCCAAGGACUGAAAUUUACUCCUCAAAUUGAGACAUUGGGUUACAAAUUGGUUCAGAUUCUUCAAGAAAAGGGGCCCUUCGCGGCAUUGCAUCUAAGAUAUGAGAUGGACAUGUUGGCUUUCUCAGGUUGCACGCAUGGCUGCACUUUUGAAGAAGCUGAGGAACUAAAACAAUUGAGGUAUGCAUACCCUUGGUGGAGAGAGAAAGAGAUAGUGUCUGAAGAGAGGAGACAACAAGGGUUGUGUCCUCUGACACCAGAAGAAGCAACAUUGCUUUUGAAAGCAUUUGGUUUUGAUAAGGAGACUCAGAUUUACAUUGCUUCUGGUGAAAUUUACGGCAGUGAACGGCGAUUGGCGCCUCUAAGAGCUGCAUUUCCACACAUUGUUAAAAAGGAAACAAUAUUAGAUCCAGCAGAACUGCAGCAAUUUCAGAACCAUUCAUCUCAGAUGGCAGCUUUGGACUUUAUGGUAUCCAUUGCCAGCAACACUUUCAUCCCGACAUACGACGGGAACAUGGCCAAAGUUGUAGAAGGUCAUCGCAGGUAUCUUGGGUUUAAGAAAAGCAUCCUACCAGAUCGAAAGAAACUCGUCGAAUUGCUGGAUUUGCACCAGAACGGGACUCUUCCAUGGAACAACUACGUGCUAGCCGUAAGGCAAGUGCACGAGAAACGGAUGGGGCAACCCUUCCGUCGUCGGACUAUUCCGGACAAACCGAAGGAGGAAGACUAUUUCUAUGGGAACCCUCAAGAGUGUCUUUGUGAGGGAACAAAAUGUGACGACGUACUGGGCCCUAGUAACUCAAGUACACUACAAUGAUAGUUUGUGCACGGACCGAAGAUUGUGUGGCUGAUAAAUCUACACAUGUAUACAUACAUGAUACAUGCAUUUGAAAAGAAUUUUGUCUCCAGAUCCCCUUUGUUUUCAAAUUUAUUUUUUCCCUCUUUAUUUGUAUUCAGUGCUGUCACAUAAUUCCACAGUGAAAUUAACCAAUAUUUGUACAUUA